GGUGUAGCACGGCAGAACAGUUAAAAUAUGAGUCCCAGUGAACGGCACGGAAGCCAGAUUACAAAGCUCCCAAUUCGGGGGUCACUGGAUGUGCAUUUAUUGAACCAGAGCAUGAAACAGAUUUUUCUAAUUUAGGGGUCGCCGGACACGCCUCUAUUAGAACAUAUAUUGAACCAUAUCAUGAAACAGGUUCUCCGGAAAAAGCCCUAAUAUCCACUCCACUUAAACAAACAGGAGAGGAUGUAGAUUCUUCAAAAAAGGCCUUAAUCGCUCCACCUAAACUAACUAAAACCAAUUCGGCAAUGAGUUUAAUGUUAGACUAUGCACAUGAACGCAAUGUUAGCAACUGUUGGCUGUGCCAAAACAUGCCAGAAUCCGUACAUUCUCCCAUGUUUAGCCCAAUUCCUUUCACGAAAGCGGACUACGGUUUAGUUAGCUGGAAUGACAUAGCAUCCCGCAUUGGAGAUGAGGCCGAGGAUUGUUACACUCCUUCGUAUCCAAUAAACUCUGAGAAACCUCUACAAUACAAGGGUUUAAUCUCGCUCAUUGUUGAGACAGUAAAUAAGGAUUACCUGCCAGAGGGGUUCAAACAGUUGACGGUCCUAAGACUAAUAUAUGUGAAGAAAUAUAUUAACCUAGCUUUUGAAUACAGAUUCCAAUUAGCUCUAGCCCAGACUAAUUGCUCGGUUAACUUUACCAGUCCAAUAUGUACACUGCAACCACACACUCCAUCUUUAUUAGUUGAGGCUUUGGUAACAGUAGUGCCCUGGUUCGGCUCCAGAACAGUGGACUCGGUUGAGGUUAAAAUACAUGACUGUUCGCAGCCAUUACCCUUAGGUAAGUCCCCUACCCGUGACUGUUCUGUCUAUGUUCCCCCAGUUGUAGUACAUGAGUGGAAGAAUGUGUCCAUCUGUUUCCAGUAUGAAAGAGGAUCUCUUACCUCUCCAGAUGUGGGCCACAGCGACUGUAAUACCGUAAUAAAGGUGCAGUUAGCCAGAACGCCCCUCCCGCAGAGGGUUUACUUAGUUUGUGGGGACCGAGCCUAUGGCUGUAUGCCUUAUGACAUUUUCUAUGGCACCUGUUACCUGGCCUAUCUAAUCCCUUUAAUCCGUAAAGUGAAGACUGAUGAGAUUGCAGCUAUACUUCCCUCUCUACAUAGAAACAGCAGGUCGAUUACAGAAGGACAGCGGAUGGCUAGUCUAUUUUUACCAUGGUACGGUAUUUAUGUUUCUCAGCAGGAAAUUGUGGCGUUGUCCAAAGUAGUGGAAAAUCACUUAAAUGCAUCUAACACAGCCAUGUUAGCCGAACAUAAGGAAUUACAGGAGGUUAGGACUGUAGCAUUACAAAAUCGUAUGGCACUGGAUCUUUUAUUAGCCGCCCAGGGGGGCACAUGCAAGGUGAUUGGAUCUGAGUGUUGUUCUUUCAUCUCUGAUGCUACACCUGAGGUCAUGGAUAUGGCUCAUGAUACCGUCAGGGGGAUAAAAGAGUUGCAUGAAACUCAUGGGUUUACCCUUGGGGAUUUAACUGGAACUUUUGGAUCGUGGGGUGCGGGGUUGGUUAAAUUUGCAGUGACCGUUUCAAUGUUUAUCUUAGUUGUGCUAAUUGUGAUGAUCUGCUUGGUCACUGUAGUUAAACUAGCCAUACGAAAGAUGACCAAAACCGCCCUCCAGGCUCCACAGAGACUAGUGGGAUAUUCCACAGUGGAUGACUCCGUGUUGAUGUACGACGCCCAGCUUUCAGAUCCGUGGGGCACAAUCACGGCUUCUGCUCCAUGGGGACCCCCACAAAAUGAAUGACAAGUUGAUUAAAAUUGACACUCAGAAUGUAGAAGAUGUAUAUAGAUUUUACCUUUUCGGGUUUUUACACUACGCAAUAAAUGUCUGAUUCUUCUUUUUCAGAUUUUUAAACAAUGUAUUUGACUAAAAUGAAUGUAUAGAUAAGUGCCUUACUUUUGACUAAAGCGUAGUGAAGUAAUGUUAAAGCUUGAGGACACUGCAAUUUUGCAGAUUACGGAUUAAUCGAAUCACCACUGUGAAUGCUAUACUUUGAACUGUGAAUUUCAACUGGACCUUUACAAUCCAGAUUUUAUACCUCAGGUGGAUUGCUAAUAAUCCUAAAUGUUAAAUGUGUUUUUACUAUAAUUGUCUUGAAGCAAAUCUUUGAGAUGCAAGCUAUUUUUAAAGUUUGUAAUUUGAUGAUUAAGGAGGACUAAAUGAUAAAUAAUA